AUGAGGCUGCAGAACUCUACACAGGAAGGGGUGGGCCGCACGGCAGGCUCUGCUUUCUAUUGGGUGGUGUGUGGUUGUCAAGGAAACUGCAGUGUGGAGGCGGGGCUUUCUGGUGAGGCGGGUCUUCCGGGACUCCGAAGCUCUUCGUCAGCUGACCCACCGCCAUCUUGGCCGCCAUUUGCGAGCGGCCCUGAGCUGGGAAGGGAGGGGGUCUGUGGAAGCGGGGCCUUGAUCGCCGCUCCUCUCCUCAACCUGGUCUCCGGCUGCAGCCGUCGCUCUGGCCUCCACGUCGUCCCGUCCGCGGCGGCCGGAAGCGCAGCGGGUCGCCCGCCUGAGGUGCGGUCCCCGGGUCCCCCCGCCUCCCAGGGCCGCGGCGGCAGUGUUCCCCUCGGAGGCCGCAGCCCGCGGGCCGCCGCGAUGGCCCUCAAGAUGGUCAAGGGCAGCAUCGACCGCAUGUUCGACAAGAACCUGCAGGAUCUGGUCCGCGGCAUCCGCAACCACAAGGAGGACGAGGCCAAGUACAUCUCCCAGUGCAUCGAUGAGAUCAAGCAGGAGCUGAAGCAGGACAACAUUGCUGUGAAGGCCAAUGCCGUCUGCAAGCUCACCUAUUUACAGAUGCUUGGGUAUGACAUCAGCUGGGCUGCCUUUAACAUCAUUGAAGUCAUGAGUGCCUCCAAGUUCACAUUCAAGCGUGUCGGCUACCUUGCAGCCUCCCAGUGCUUCCACGAAGGUACUGACGUCAUCAUGCUGACCACCAACCAGAUCCGAAAGGACCUGAGCAGCCCCAGCCAGUACGACACUGGAGUGGCACUGACUGGUCUGUCCUGUUUUGUCACCCCAGAUCUUGCCAGAGACCUGGCAAAUGACAUCAUGACCCUGAUGUCUCACACGAAACCCUACAUCAGGAAGAAGGCAGUGCUGAUCAUGUACAAGGUGUUCCUCAAGUACCCCGAGUCACUGCGGCCUGCCUUCCCCCGGCUCAAGGAGAAGCUGGAGGACCCAGACCCAGGGGUGCAGUCUGCGGCCGUUAAUGUCAUCUGCGAGCUGGCUCGCCGCAACCCUAAGAACUACCUGUCCCUGGCCCCACUGUUUUUCAAGCUCAUGACAUCCUCCACCAACAACUGGGUCCUCAUCAAGAUCAUCAAGCUGUUCGGUGCCCUGACUCCCCUGGAGCCCAGGCUGGGCAAGAAGCUGAUCGAGCCUCUCACCAACCUCAUUCACAGCACCUCUGCCAUGUCCCUGCUGUACGAGUGUGUGAAUACCGUGAUUGCAGUGCUCAUCUCGCUGUCUUCUGGAAUGCCCAACCACAGCGCCAGCAUCCAGCUGUGCGUCCAGAAGCUGAGGAUACUCAUAGAGGACUCGGACCAGAACUGUAAGUCGCUGCCAUCUCCCUGCCUCCACACCUAAAUGCUGUGCUGGAUUCAGAGACCCCACACCUGUCUACCAGAUGUCUGUGGGCCCAGGGCAGGAGGGCUUUGUGGGCUGAGAGGAAGCACUCACCAUAGGGAAGGGCUGAGUGGUGGUUGCAGUGUAGGCACCCUGAAAGGUGGGGCUGAACUGAGUGUAGUGUGGGAACGGCAAACAGGAAGACGAUCAAGGCUGGGCUCACUAGUGUCAGGAUCCAGACCUACCUAUGCCUCAGGAACCAGGUGUGGCACAGGCUUCAAGAUCAUGCUUGGCUACUUAAUGACUUCAAGUCUAGCCUGGGCUACAUGAACCUUGUCUCAGAAAUAAAUAUUGUGAGGGCUGCACUGAAGCCACAGCUGCAUCUAUCUUAGCAAGCAGGAGGCUGCAGUAAGAGAGUUGGGAGUUCACGGUUAACCUGGUUCCACAGCAGGACCCAUCUUAAAAAAGGGGGGCUGGUGAGAUGACUCAGUGGAUGAAGGUGCUUGCCACCAAGCCUGAUGCCCUGACUUGGUCCCUGGGCCCACAUGGUGGGAAGAGAUGAUUCCUAUAGUGCUCUGCUGACCUUGAUGAACAUACCCCAUGUACAAAGAAAUGGUUUGUUUUGUGUGUGUGUUUUGUUUGUUUGAUUUUGGUUUUUCAAGACAGGGUUUCUCUGUGUAGCCCUGGCUGUCCUGAAACUCACUCUGUAGACCAGGCUGGCCUUGAACUCACACAGAUCUGCCUUCUGUGUGCUGGGAUGCCAACUAAUGUAAUGUCUUUAAUUUGAAGGGGAAAGGAGGCCUGGUGUGGGGGAGCACGCCUGUCACUCAGCACUUGGGAGGUGGUGGAGAUCAAAGUCCCUCCAGCAGUCUGCCUAGCAUCCGCCUGGGCCUCAGAGGGGUGUGUGCGGCCCAUUGCCGUCUUCCCUGUGUCCCCACAGUGUUCUCUGGCUAAACCUGCUCCAAAAUGGGGUCCAUGUCUGUCCCAUCUCCUGGCUCCUCAGACCAGGGCUCAGCCCCAGUGUCUACCAUGGUCCCGGUAUUUACCUUAGAGCCAGGGUCUAAAGACAGACUUCCUCAGCCAGGUGUGGCAGUGCACACCUUUAAUCCCAGCACUUGGGAGGCAGAGGCAGGUGGAUCUCUGAGUUUGAGGCCAGCCUGGUCUACAAAGCAAGUCUAGGGCAGCCAGGACGGGGCUACGCAGAGAAACCUUGUCUCAGAAGACCAAAAACAAACAAACAAACAAACAAACAAAAGACAGACUUCCUCAUGGGGCCCAGGGACCACACAUUCCCCACCUUGGAUGUGUCUGCAGUUCUCGUGUUUGUGCUGUUGGAAUGUAUCUCUGAGUAAUCUGUUGAUGGUGGCCAGCUCCAGACUUGUCACCAAGUGAGGCUUCAGGCUUCUGGGUGCACACUUGUCA